AUGAAGUGGAGACAUCCAAAGCGAUUCUUCUGCGUUUUGGCGAGUCUUAUGGUCAGUGAGCAAGGCAUCGUCCCUCGAUUCUUUGGUACCAUGGACAAGUUUGAUCCAAAGCCAUGCCAGCCUUAUCUACGCAAGUUCAUGGAUGAUAAAUACCCACCCAGUGCCAUCUUCCUGGAAUACAUCCCAAACCUUGAGAUGCUUGAUCUAAACAACUACACGCAAGCUCGGAUGAACCAAUUUCUUGAGGCCAUCCGGGAGAUACACAAAGCGCUUGUAGAGCAUGGAGACGCAAAACCCAGGAACCUGCUCAUUGUUAGAGGCGACCCUGAGCGGGUUACCGAGAGCGAGCUUUUUUGGAUGAAGAAGAAGAACAUUUGA